GUGCCUCUUCUGGCUCGAGCUACCUAUGAUUCUGCCGAUGUCGGUUACUCGUCUAUGAUAUACGGAUUCCAUCAGGACCCACAGGGCAACGGCAGAUACCACAACAAGAAUGGGGACUACUUCUUCUUUUCGCAGCCACGUGCUGUCGACAAGAUCAAGGUGGCUCACGAGCAUGGGCUCCAUGGUAUUUCGUUGCAACAAUCACUACCAGACCAAGCACGGGCUGAUCUCUUUCCGUGGGAUAACAAUUCUCUUUUCCAUGCGCUUGUCGAAAACAUGUAG